GAGAGCGGUGCGCACGCGCGCGGCGCCCGGCAGGGGCGGGGCGACCGGCCCGGUAGAGCCUCCCACCUCCGGGGGGCGCCAGUGAGUCGCCCGGGCUCGCCGAUCCGGCCCCGCGGCGGAUUGGGUUUCGUACCCUCGGGUCCCUCGGAUAGCAAAAUUCCGCGCCGGGCAACCUCCUUAGGUUUGCGCUUCCGGAUCUCCCGGGGCGGGGAGACCGGAGAGGGGAAACAGAGGCGGCCCGGCCGGUGGCCAGACUCCAGAAGCCGCCCGGCUCUAGGCACCCGAACGUCCUCCAUUCCUCCUCUGCCCCCGGCUCCCGCUCAGGUGCGGCGUCCAUGGAGCGGUUCCUGGCCCAGCUGUGCGGCACGGACGCCGCGCGGCCGCUCCCGCUGUGGGAAGGGGGCAGCACGGGCCACUGCUUCACCCAGCUGGUGCUCAGCGCCCUGCCCCACGCGCUCCUCGCCGUGCUCAGCGCCUGCCACCUGGGCACCCCGAGGUCCCCAGAUCGCGCCGUACCCUGCAGUCCUGGCUGGCGCCUCAGGCUCUCGGCUUCCUUCCUGCUCUCCAUCUUCCCGCUGCUGGACCUCCUUCCGGUUGCUCUGCCACCGGGGGCAGGCCCAGGGCCUCUCUGGCUGGAGGUGCUGGCAGGCUGCGUGGCCGCUGUGGCCUGGGUCACCCACAGCCUGGCCCUGUGGGGGCUGGCUCGUUCCCCUCACGGCCGCUUCCGGGGGCCCUUGGCGCUCGCCCUGGCAGCCUUCCUGCCAACCCCGGCCCUAGUGCUCACCUUGCUGUGGCAUUGCCAGCGAGACACGUUUCUUCCCCCGCUUCUCCCAGGGCCCCUGGCCCGCCUGUGCCUCGUCAUUGUGCAGCUCGCCGCAGUCUUGGCCUAUGCGCUGGGCUGGGCGGCCCCCGGCAGGUCGCGAGAACGCUGGACUGAGGAGCCCUUCUUGUCCUCUGAGGGUCAAGAAUCCGAGGUGGCUGAAGAUGGGGAGAGUUGGCUGUCACGCUUUUCCUAUGCCUGGCUGGCACCGUUGCUCACCCGUGGGGCCCGAGGGGAGCUCCGGCAGCCCCGGGACACGUGCCGUCUUCCCCGAAGGCUGCACCCUGCCCAUCUGGCCCGUGCCUUCCAGGCACACUGGCAGGAGGGGGCGCGGCUGUGGCGAGCCCUGUAUGGAGCCUUUGGACGGUGCUACCUGGCCCUGGGACUGCUGAAGCUGGUGGGGACCAUGCUGGCCUUCUCGGGGCCCCUGCUGCUCUCCCUGUUGGUGGGCUUCCUGGAGGAAGGACGCGAGCCCCUAAGCCAUGGUCUGCUCUAUGCCCUGGGCCUCGCCAGUGGGGCCGUGCUGAGCGCUGUGUUGCAGAAUCAGUACGGGUACGAGGUGCGGAAGGUGACGCUGCAGGCGCGGGGGGCCGUGCUGAGCACCCUGUACCGCAAGACCUUGCAGCUGGGGCCCCGACGCCCUCCCGUGGGCGAGGCCUUGAACCGACUGGGCACCGACUCAGAGCGGUUGCUUAACUUCGCCAGCAGCUUCCACGAGGCCUGGGGCCUGCCCCUGCAGCUGGCCAUCACCCUGUACCUGCUGUACCGGCAGGUGGGCUUGGCCUUUGUGUCCGGCCUGCUCUUAGCACUGCUGCUGGUGCCCGUCAACAAAGUGAUCGCCACCCGCAUCAUGGCCAGCAACCAGGAGAUGCUACAGCAUAAGGAUGCCCGGGUUAAGCUCAUGACCGAGCUGCUGAGCGGCAUUCGAGUCAUCAAGUUCUUCGGAUGGGAGCAGGCACUGGGGGCCCAAGUGGAGGCCCGCCGGGCUGGAGAACUGGGACGACUCCGCGUCAUCAAAUACUUGGAUGCAGCCUGUGUGUACCUGUGGGCUGCCCUGCCCGUCGUCAUCUCCAUAGUCAUCUUCAUCACCUAUGUCCUCCUGGGGCACCAGCUCACUGCCACCAAGGUGUUCACAGCGCUGGCCCUGGUGCACAUGCUCAUUCUUCCCCUCAACAACUUCCCCUGGGUCAUCAACAGCCUCUUGGAGGCCAAAGUGUCUUUGGACCGGAUCCAGGAUUUCCUUGACCUUCCAAACCACAACCCUCAGACCUACUACAGCUCGGAUCCCCCCACAGAUCCAUCUAUAGUAUUGGAGCUGAAUGAAGCCCUGUUUUCCUGGGAGCCCAUGGGAACCAGCCAGAAGACCUUCAUCAGUCACCUUGAAGUGAAAAAGGGUAUGCUGGUGGGCAUCGUGGGGAAGGUGGGCUGUGGGAAGAGCUCACUGCUGGCCGCCAUCACCGGAGAGCUCCACAGGUUGCAUGGGCAGGUGGCAGUGUGGGGACUGUCCGAGGGCUUUGGCCUGGCCACCCAGGAACCCUGGGUCCAGUUUGCCACCAUCCGAGACAACAUCCUUUUCGGGAAGGCGUUCGAUGGCCAGCUGUACACGGAGGUGCUGGAAGCCUGCGCCCUCACUGACGACCUGAGUAUCCUGCCUGCUGGAGACCAGACAGAGGUGGGGGAGAAGGGGGUGACUCUCAGCGGGGGACAGCGGGCCCGCAUUGCUCUUGCUCGCGCUGUCUACCAGGAGAAGGCUCUUUAUCUGCUGGACGACCCUCUAGCUGCCGUGGAUGCAGACGUGGCCAGGCACCUGCUACACAGGUGCAUUCUGGGCGUUCUGGGCCACACGACACGGCUGCUUUGCACCCACCGCAUUGAGUAUCUGGAGAGGGCCGACGUGGUGCUGCUGAUGGAGGCUGGGCGCCUUGUCCGUGCUGGGCCUCCCUCUGAGAUUCUGCCAUUGGUACAAGCUGCCCCCAAAGACUGGGCUGAGGAUGGACAAGAACCUCAUUCAGCCAAGGCCCAGUCAGUACAGAACCCAGAGAAAACAGAGGGGCUGGAGGUGGAGCAGAGCACAUCUGGCCGCCUGCGACUGGACGAGAGCAAGAAGGCGGGCGCCGUGGCCUGGCAUGUGUACCGAGCCUACUGGAGGGCCGUGGGCCGGAGCAUGGCCCUCGCCAUCCUCUUCUCCCUGCUCCUCAUGCAAGCCACGCGCAACGCUGCCGACUGGUGGCUCUCCUACUGGGUCUCUCAGCUCCAGGCAGCCAGAAAUGGCUCCCAGGAGGUGCCAGCCCCCGCCCGCCCCGGCUCCACCGGCCUCCUGUCCGCACAGCUGCUUCUCUUCUCACCUGGAAGCCUCUACACCCCGGUGUUCCCACUGCCCAAAGCUGCUCCCAAUGGCUCCUCAGACAUCCGCUUCUACCUCACCGUGUACGCGACCAUCGCUGGCGUCAACUCCAUCUGCACCCUCCUCCGGGCAGUGCUUUUUGCUGCCGGUACUCUCCAUGCAGCCGCCACCCUGCACCGCCGCCUGCUGCAUCGAGUCCUUCUGGCACCGGUGACCUUCUUCGACUGCACACCCAUGGGCCGUGUCCUGAACCGCUUCUCCUCCGACGUGGCCUGUGCUGAUGACAGCCUGCCCUUCAUCCUCAACAUCCUGCUAGCCAAUACGGCAGGUCUGCUGGGGCUCCUGGCUGUGCUGGGCUAUGGCCUGCCCUGGCUGCUGCUGCUGCUGCCACCCCUGAGCCUCGUCUACCACCGCGUCCAGCGCCGCUACAGGGCCUCCUCCCGGGAGCUGCGGCGGCUGGGCAGCCUCACCCUGUCCCCCCUCUACACCCACCUGGCCGACACCUUGGCCGGCCUCCCCGUGAUCCGCUCAGCUGGGGCCACCUGCAGGUUUGAGGAAGAGAACCAGCGACUCCUGGAGCUAAACCAAAGGUGCCAGUUCGCUUCCUACGCCACGAUGCAAUGGCUGGACAUCCGGCUGCAACUCAUGGGGGCGGCAGUGGUCAGUGCCAUCGCGGGCAUCGCCCUGGUGCAGCACCAUCAAGGCCUCGCCAACCCAGGACUGGUGGGCCUGUCCUUGUCUUACGCCCUGUCCCUGACCGGCCUGCUCUCGGGCCUGGUGAGCAGCUUCACGCAGACCGAAACCAUGCUAGUGAGCGUGGAACGGCUGGAGGAGUACUCCUGCGACCUGCCCCAGGAGCCCCAGGGGCAGCCGCUGCAGCAGGACAUCGGCUGGCUCACCCAAGGGCGCGUGGAGUUCCAGGACGUGGUGUUGGUAUACCGACCGGGGCUGCCCAAUGCCCUGGAUGGGGUGACCUUCUGCGUGCACCCUGGAGAGAAGCUGGGCAUCGUGGGCCGCACGGGCUCCGGCAAGUCUUCCCUGUUUCUGGUGCUCUUCAGGCUGAUGGAGCCCAGUGCAGGACAAGUGCUUCUGGAUGGGGUGGACACCAGGCAGCUCCAGCUGGCCGAGCUCAGGUCCCGGCUAGCCAUCAUCCCCCAGGAGCCUUUUCUGUUCAGCGGGACUGUUCGGGAGAACCUGGACCCCCGGGGCCUGCAUGAGGACAGAGCCUUGUGGCAGGCCCUGGAGCAGUGCCACCUGGGCGAGGCGAUCGCCUGCAUGGGUGAGUGGUGGGGCCCGGCCCUGAGCAGAGGAACGGGGCGGGGGCGGCCGCCUGCAGCGCCCGCGCUCUGCCUUGCAGGUGGCCUGGAUGGGGAGCUGGGCGAAGGGGGCCGGAGUUUGUCCCUGGGACAGAGGCAGCUGCUGUGUCUGGCCAGGGCUCUGCUCACAGAAGCCAAGAUCCUGUGCAUCGACGAGGCCACAGCAAGUGUGGACCAGAAGACAGAUCAGCUGCUCCAGCAGACCAUCCGCAAACGCUUUGCCAAUAAGACAGUGCUGACCAUCGCGCACAGGCUCAACACAAUCCUGAACUCGGAUCGGGUCCUGGUGCUGCAAGCAGGGCGGGUCAUGGAGCUGGACUCCCCCGCCGCCCUGCGCAGCCGGCCCCACUCACUGUUCCAGAAGCUUCUGCAGAGCAGCCAGCAGGGAGCCCACUCUGCUGGACGGUGCUGAGCCAAGCCCCCUGCUGGGAUCACCUCCAUCUGCCCCGGGCCCCGCUGGCAUCAAAGGUGCUGGCUGCGUGUUUACAUUCUCCCCCGCGGCUCGACCUCUCCUCCCCCUCUGGGGAAUGGGCACCGUAGGGUCCUUAGUGGGCAGAGGGCCACGGCUUCCGCAGGCCCGCCCCCGGCCCCCCCCCCCCGACUCUGGGCCAGUUUUCUUGGCCUAAGAUCCCACUUGCCUUUUCAUAGUUUUAUUUGAUAAAAUUCCUAUCUUACAUUCUGUGGAUUAAAAAAAUAGUAU